AGGUGCAAAGCUGUCGUCUAUGAUCGGCCAAAGGGUGAUGAUUUCAAGAGGUUCUUGCGGUUUAAGAACUUUCGAGUAAACCGUCAGGGAAAGGCUAUUGUGCGUAUCCAAAAGCAUGACGACGAUGGUGAAUUCCUUGAAGGUAAGUAUGAUACCUUCGUUAUAGAAACGGUGGUACCAUUGGGCCCUUUUGGUUUCCAGAAUGUACCGUUAUCGAAGCCACAAGCUGUGAACGAAUUGCAAAGCCUCCUAGACAAUACCAAGGCUGAAUUGACGAAGAAGAAUGAUGAGCUUUAUGAAUUGCAAAGCCUCCUGGACAAUACCAAGGCAGAGUUGGCAAAGAAAAAUUAUGCACUUAAUGAAUUGCAAAGCCUUCUGCACAAUACCAAGGAUGAAUUAGCGAAGAAGAAUGAUGCUCUUAAUGAAUUAAUGAAGCAGAAGAUUGAUCAGGACUGGAAUCCUGAACAGUUCAGCAGACUGAAUACCAUUGCGAUCACAAACUCAAUGAAGAGAGUGUUUGUUGACUUUGGUCUUGAACCACCUGCAAGUGGAGAUCCAGAAUCUGUGCUGAAGUUUCUUGAGAUGUUACAUGAUCUUAUCCUUCAAAAAGAAUUUGGUGCCACUUUCUUAGUAGCCGCGAAUGAGAUAUUGGCCUCAAUUGCAAGUGUAUUUGAGAAACGCACUGGCUUAAGCAUUGGCAUGGAAACUACGAAUACUCCGAGUACUCCAGCCCGUCUCAUUAAGAGUCUAAGCACCUUAAGAGGCUUUAUGGUGGAUUCCCACUUCUUUAUUGAUGGCAGUGUUAUAGUCAGGGAUUUUUGUCUAAUGAACGAGGACGACCUCCCAGUUAUCUUUCGGGAUUCUGCAGCAGAUGUGGCUGAGCUCAAGCAAAAGGAAAUAGGUGCAAAAUCCAUCGAUAACAUCGACAGAAACUCCAUCUUUUGUGGGUAUUUCAACAUUCCAACAGUUGGGAUGUUCAAGGCUGUUUUGACGAGAGUUCAUUUCAACCUGCCGGAUGAGAUCAUGGUGAAACUUCAAGUAGGCAGCAAACACAACCUUAUUAAUGAUAAAAGGUUUUGGUUUGUCAAUGCAAAUGGGUCAAGUAUAUUUCAAAAGAAUAUUGAGACUUUCAGUCCUCCUGAAUCGACAACAGAUAGGAAUCUAGAAGAGAUCAAAUUCUCCCCUUCUCGAGCCUUGGGUGACAAGACCAACUUCCUUGAGUUUCUCCGUAGGAUGAAUCGAACUUACGUGAACGUAGCAGGGAAAUAUCUCAAAUUUGAGUUUUCUUCUACCAAAUUUUCAAAUAAAUAUUCUCGUCGUGAUUCUGUUCACUACAUUGAUAAGGAUCAUGUAAUUCAAGAUCCUUUUAAGUUGGUGCAAUAUGAUGUGAAUACAUGUGAAGAAGGUAUCGUACAACGAAAAGUUGAAAUACCUAAUGGAGAUGGAGGUCUGCCAAAAAAAAAUGCUACGGAUUGGAUUGUAAAUGAAGGUCUGCAUAACGAUUGUGCUUUCACAUUCAAAGAUUUUUGUUUUAUUGGGAAAAUAAGGGAAGUCUCCUCUGGUACUUUUCGCAAGAAUGUUUUGGUCAGCGUCUUCUUCGAACAAACCGCACACAGGCGGAAUUGUUAUGUUGAUGCUCUAGCAACAACUUUCUUUGUUUUAAAUGCAGGGGAACCAGACAUAUAUGACACUGUUGGUAAUGUGGCUCCGCACUUUAUUCCUUAG